UUAGAAGUGGCCAGAUCCACAUGAUAAAUUGAGUGGAUCCUCCUGAGAAAGAAAUGGCACAUAGUUAAAAUGUAACCUCCUGCCUUGGCCCGCCUCCCCAGUGACUACCUACUGAAGAAAGCUGCAGCUCAGCAAGUGUAUUGUCAACUGGCAUUUGGAAGUGACAAGGCACAGAAUAUAAACAGCUUGACCAUAGAGAAAGAACUUAGUGGUGUCUAGCCUUGCUUGGGAGACACCGUGAGGCAUCCUUCUCCAAUUUAUUAAGCUAUCACCUUCUGGUUUGCUACAUCAACUCUUUGAGCUUAGAAUCAGUUGGUCUGGCCCUCAUGCCUGAUUAACUCUUGAGUCCUUGGGCAAACCUCAAGUAGUGACCUGGAAAGCUGAGAUUCCCCGACAUCUCUUCAUAAACCAGAACCAGCACGGCUGUCUCCAGCCUCAUCCAUCACUAUUAACCUGCCCUGUGCUCCCUGCAGAAUGAAUCUGCUGCUGCCCCUAGCACUCUAUGCCCUGGUUGUACAUUAUGGGGCUUCAUCCCCACCCAGUCUGGCCACCAAACCAUCACCUUUGCUCUCCCGUGCCUGCGAUGCCACAGAUGUGCUGGCAGUGUCAGGCUUUGCCCUGGAGGACAUCAACAGGGACCGAAAGGAUGGCUACGUGCUGAGUCUCAACCGAGUGAGCGAUGCCCGUGAACACAGACAGGCUCAUCUGGGAUCUCUGUACUAUCUCACCCUGGACGUGUUAGAGACUAAGUGCCAUGUGCUGAGCAACAGGUCCUGGAAGGACUGUGAGGCGAGGGUGCUACAUGAAUCAGUUUAUGGUCAAUGCAAAGCAUUAUUUUAUAUUAACAAGCCAAGAAGAAUUCUCUAUACACCUGCUUAUAACUGUACUCUUCAUCCAGUUUCUCGAAGAAGCAUUCAUCGCAUGUGCCCUGACUGCCCCAGUCCUAGCCCCACUGACUUGUCAGAUCCCAGUGUUUUAGAAGCUGUCGCUGAAUCUCUUGCAAAAUACAAUGAUGAGAGCAACUUGAAGCAGUAUUCCCUCGUCAAAGUCACCAGAGCUUCUAGCCAGUGGGUGUUUGGCCCUGCCUACUUCGUGGAAUAUUUAAUCAGAGAGUCACCGUGUACCAAAUCCCAGGCUAGCAGCUGCACACUCCAGUCGCCUAACUCUGAGCCUGUUGGUCUUUGCAAAGGUUCUCUGAGUCGAAACAACAUGGAAAAACAUGUCUCUGUGACUUGUGACUUCUUUAAAUCACAGGUUCAAGAUCCAGAGACCAAAAACUCUGCUGUAAACCAAGGACCUGCAAAUUUUCCCCAGCAGAAAAGUCCAGCUCCCCAACACUCCCCCUCCCCUCCUGUGCUGCAAGGAUCUGUGCAGCACCUCCCUGACUUGGAUGACGAGAAGCCCACAGUUUCUCAGGAAAAGGGUCUGGCAGACGACUUUCCUGUGCAUCUGAAUUUAACCACGAACCCCCAGGGAGAUAGCCUAGACGUGUCCUUUCUCUUUAUGGAGCCUGUGAAGGAGAAAAUAGUUGUUUUUCCUUUCCCCUCCAAGGAACAACGCUCUGCUAAGUGUCCAGGACCUGCUGAGAAAUACAGCCCUUUUAUUCUCCCCCCAUGAAAACCACACAGAUGAUUCCAUAGGGACCUGCUGUUCUGCAAGGGUUGAGGCAGUGGGAAAAAGGACAGGAAGAGUUCAGAUCCUGAGAAUAGGUAAUUAGAAGUGAGAAAAUUGAAACUCAGUUGACUACUUAGACACAGGACUGCAUGCCUCCUAAACCUACAAGACCUUGAAUAGGUAUAUCUUUGG